AUGGAAGAAGUUACCGCCGCGGAUCGCGACAUCGACUCCAUCCCACCACGCAACUCGACCGACGCACACAACGCAUCCGAUAUCCCACACAAUGGACAAGUCAUCGACAAUGAUAGCGCAACUGUGAUCAAGGAGGAAGAGCAGUCGGCACCUGUAAAUGGCCAUGAUGGUGGCGUCAUUGAGCGACCGGCAAAGCGGCGGAAACUCGAAGACACCACACCGCGUCGCUCAGCAUCACGCGCCACAUCGCCGCCCUGGAAGUCCUUCGUCGCUAAUGGACCGACGACUGUGUUCGAGAAUGGUGUUAGGAAAUCGUCACGCGUAAACAAGGACACGGCACCACCUACGCCAGAGCCUGUAAAGAGAAACUCACGACCGGCCAGUAAGACGACGCAGACGAAUGGCACCCCUAAGAAUGGUGUAAAGCGGGAGUCGCGCAAUGGUUCAGGGCCCAUGUCUGUCCCGAAAGGGAGGACGCCAUCCACCAUCACCAAGAAGGCCUCUGCACAAUCACUGGUAACGCCUGCGCGCAAAUCUGAGCGUCAGAAAAAGUCUUCAGGACUUGCGACAACAUCGCCAGUUGCAUCGCCAGCAUUGCAAAAUGGGUCGCCCGAGGGUACGCGCAAGCGAGUCGGACGCUCUCGGAGGGGCGCCCAGGCACCUACUGACCAACUAGGUGAUGAGCCCAUGGACGACGCCAAAACGAACGGACACGACCCCUAUGCCGGCCUAUAUGGAUCGCCCGACGACUCAAACCCAUCAAUGCCUGCCCCUCGUCUUCGCCUGCGACUACGAAAGCCCGAUCCUCCGAACCGCCAUCCCGCCCAUGCCCCACCCAAGUCCCAGUAUGCAUCGCUCGAAGAGUGGCUAGGGCAGGACGAUCCGCUGGACGGCGAGGAGGCGCUUCGAAUAACACAAGAGAAGGCUGAGGAGGAAGCCGAGCGCCGGUUACAGAUCGUCGAAGCUGCUGAGCAUGGAGUUUUGAGCCAAGCACGAUGCAGUGUGUAUGCACCCGAAGCAGCCCCAGAACCACCGCCACAGUACGGUCAUUGGGACCAUGUGGUUGCGCAUGCUCUGCACUUUGGCAAGCUACUGAAGGAAGAAAAGGUGGCGCAUCGGCGGACGGCUAAGAUCCUGGCUAGAGAGGCAUAUGACUUCUGGAAGAACAAGUUCAAGCGCAAGAGUCAAGAUGAAAUUGAACAGGAAGAAACUGAGCGACAGGUGACGAGAUACAAGCAACUUGUGAAAGAUGUCAAGGACGCGUGGGGCUUGGUCAAGGUUGAGAUCGACAAGGAGCGUGUCGCCAAAUAUGAAGAGGAGCAGUUGCAGCUCGGGCACAAGGCUAUGGAUGACAUGUUCAAUCAGGCGCAAGAGAUUCUGGGGGGUCGUAACGCUGGCGACGGCGCAUCUUCCCUGAUCAGCGAGGACCGUGACUUCGAUGAAAUGGAAUCUGAAAGUGGGGUGUCGAACGCCUUGGAACAGCAGCACGACGACGAUAUAAUGUCUUCCAGCUCCGACAGCGAACAAGAAAACGAGCAGGACGAAGAUGCGAACCUAACGGCCGAACAACUACGCGAGAAAUACGGGCAACUUCCUGAUCUUCCAGAAAGUAGCUCCGAGGCCGAGGCGAACUCAGAGGACGAUGAGGAGGCGAUGGUGGAAGAGGCCGAUAUUGAAGAAGGUACUCCUGCGCCGACGCCUGAUCCUGAUCUCGAAGUUGAAGAUAAGAGCGAACUUCCGGAAACCCCAUUUUCACAUACCAACGGCUUCCACGACCACGACGAAGAUGCCGACAAGAAGAAGCCAGGUUACAUUGACCCUGCUACUAUUGAGCUUGAUCAAGUUGACGAUGCUUUGCUGGAUUCCGACGACGAUGACAAAGGCUCAGAAUCCGGUAGCGAAGCCUGGUCGAGCAACGAAGGUUCGGAAAGUGAUGGCGAUGGCGAGGAAGCAGGCGAAUCGGAAGUAGAAGAUGACGAUGACGAGAGCGAGGGAGAAGAUUUGGGCAUGAUGGGCUUUUUGGCACCUAAAGAUAUCAAGAAACUAAAAGAAGCCGCCAAUACUGCAAUCGACGAGGUCAAAACGGAAGAUCCCACCCCUCAACCAGGGCAGCCGAACGGACAUGCUUUGUCGCCCAUGGAAGUCACCGAGGAGAAGCCUCAUCUGAAUGGUCAUGAUUCCGUCGCCGAGGUAGAUGAACCAAACGUCAACGGGAACACUGUAACAGAGCCUGCUCCUUCUGUCGAGGUGGCUGAAUCAACUCCAAUGGAAGACACAGUGCAGUCCAAGAGUGUUUCCCGAUCUCAGCAUACGUCUUCCCCACCAAGGACUGAAGUCCCAUCGCUGCUGCGCGGCACUCUUCGAGAAUACCAGCACGACGGGCUGGACUGGCUGGCGAACCUUUACGAGUCUGAGACCAACGGAAUCCUAGCCGAUGAAAUGGGACUGGGUAAAACUAUACAGACCAUUUCGCUCCUCGCAUAUCUUGCUGUUCGUCGCGAGAUAUGGGGGCCGCAUUUAGUCGUAGUACCCACCAGUGUCAUGCUCAACUGGGAAAUGGAGUUCAAGAAGUUCCUGCCAGGCUUCAAGAUUCUGACUUACUAUGGCGACAUCAACGAGCGAAAGCGAAAGCGCUUAGGCUGGCGCAACACUGGAAAGGACAUGUACAAUGUUGUCAUUACCUCCUACCAGCUCAUCCUCCAGGAUGCAGCAGCAUUCAAGAUGCGGCCCUGGCGUUACCUGGUGCUCGAUGAAGCCCACAACAUCAAGAACUUCAAAUCCCAACGAUGGCAAACUAUGCUUAACCUUCGGACCGAGCGGCGUCUGUUGUUGACCGGUACGCCUCUGCAAAACAAUAUCGACGAGCUUUGGUCGUUGCUCUAUUUCUUGAUGCCAGCAGGUUUCGCUGGAGAGGGUCGCAUUGCGGGGCUAGAAGAGUUUACCUUGGCAUUGAAGAAUCCCACGUCGCAGAUUCUCGAUCAGGGUCGGCAACAACUCGACGCAGAAGCGCAGAAGGUAGUCAAGCGGCUUCAUGAAGUUCUUCGCCCAUAUCUACUUCGACGACUGAAGUCAGAGGUUGAAAAGCAAAUGCCAGGAAAAUAUGAGCAUGUUGUAUACUGCAAGCUUUCCAAGCGUCAACGACAGCUUUAUGACGGAUUCAUGGGCCGCGCUUCGACCAAGGAGAUCUUGUCCUCCGGAAACUACAUGUCGAUUAUCAAUUGCUUAAUGUCAUUACGAAAAGUCUGCAAUCACCCCGACCUGUUCGAAACACGAGCUAUUGUAACGUCCAUGGCCAUGCCCAAGUCAGUUGCUGCUCAGUACGAAAUCAAAGACCUCCUCAUCAGGAAGCGCUUGCAAGAAGGCAUGGAAGACAAGCAAGUGAAUCUAGACGCUCUAAAUCUAGUAUUUGCGCGACGGGAACAGACUCAAUUGGGUCAUGCUCGACGUACCUACCCUAUCCGUGCCACACGACCUCUAGAAGACUUGAUCGAGCGCCAAACACGACGCAUCAACAAACCGAUCGACAAGGGUGCAUCCUCAUUACAAUCGACCAUAGCAGCCAUGGCCAGGCGAGAACAAGUGGCCGUUCGAGAUCAUUUGCAAACGUGUCUCAAUCUCACUCGUGCUCGUACCCAGUUCAUGCCGAUAUACGGAAAGGACAUUGUUGACGCAGUUACGGUUGAUUGGCACGACUUCACGUUUGGGGCUAUCACAGAAGGGAAGAAGAUAGCUAAGCCUCUCUUGUACCGAACGCACCACACUCCGCAUCCCACCUAUCACGGCUUCGGUCAGGCGCAAAUGCAACCGAAACAAGAGGAAGCAAUUCAUUACGACAUCGUUCGCCAACAUCAUGGUGUUCUCGGGUUCAGAUCACCACGUUCUCAUCGUGUCUUAUCACACUGGCACGAUCAACAGAUUACACACUUCCACGAUAUGAUUCCGACACUGGAACAGCGCGCUGAGGCCAUGGAGCCUCUCAUCACCCGCUUCACAUGUGUCACACCUGCUGUUGCAGCGGAGGAGCUCGCUCCUCUGACCUUGUCCAGGCGCGGUGUUCAGCUGAUCCAAUCGUCGGAAGCAGCACACCAGAAAGACCCCUUCCAUGCUUCACGCAUCAGACAAUCCAUCGCCUUCCCAGACAAGCGUCUUCUUCAAUACGAUUGUGGCAAGCUUCAGCGUCUUGCAACGCUCCUACGAGAUCUACAAGCUGGUGGUCACCGUGCGCUCAUCUUCACUCAGAUGACAAAGGUUCUCGACAUCCUUGAGCAAUUCCUCAACAUCCAUGGGUACCGCUACCUGCGUCUUGACGGAUCUACCAAGAUCGAACAGCGCCAGAUUCUUACCGAUCGUUUCAACACUGACCCUCGCAUCUUAUGCUUCAUCCUGUCAUCUCGAUCUGGUGGUCUCGGUAUCAAUCUUACAGGUGCUGACAGCGUCAUCUUCUAUGAUCUUGAUUGGAAUCCCGCAAUGGACAAGCAAUGUCAAGAUCGAGCUCAUCGCAUCGGUCAAACGCGCGACGUGCACAUCUACAAGUUCGUCAGUGAAUACACCAUCGAAGCCAACAUCCUCCGCAAGUCGAACCAAAAACGUCUUCUCGACGAUGUCAUCAUCCAAAAGGGUGAUUUCACCACUGACACUUUCAACAAAGUCACCUGGCGUGACGCACUUGACGAGAACAUGGGCAUUGACACUACCGACGAAGCAGGCGCGGCUAUGGAACGUGUGCUCGGCGAGAAGAUUGGACUCUUAGGCGAUGCACGUGUCAUGGGCACUGUGGAAGACACGGAGGAUCGUACUGCAGCUUCCAUUGCACAAAAGGAGAUUGUGGACGAGAUCCAGGAGGACCAAGUCGACUUCAACGAGAGUCUCAACGCCACGAGGGCUGCAUCUGAAGCCGCCGCUGCCGCCAAAGCGGACGAAGACCUCGAUGUUGACGGUAAUGAAAAAGAACGCAGACAUGUCGAUGAAUACAUGCUUAGCUUGUACCGGGAAGAAUACGGUAAAGAACCGUAUCGGCCGCCAACGGACCGGCAAAAGAGGAAUCGGAAGGGUCAAGAUCCUCAUGUGCGGCACCGAAAGAAGAAGUAUUAG